AAUGGUACUUAUAUAUUCUAGAUAUUUAGCCAUCUGCUUAAACAAUGAAAUUGAGAAGCUAAAAUUAUUAAGGAAAUGUACAUAAAUAAGGAAAAGUUCCUAAAUCAUUAAUUGUAAUGAAAUAAAAUAUUGUUAUUAGAAAAAAGAAGAAAAUCUUCCUGUUGGCCCAAUUCUUUUAGGUGUAUUCUUAUUUGUUGUGGUUGGAUCAGGUAUAUUAUAAAAUUAAGAUUUAUAGCUUUAUUCUAAAUUCUUAAUGUAGCCUCAAGUGGAUAAGAAAUUUGAU